UCCAAUCCACAUGGGGCACUGAAGAAAACCAUGGUUGAUAUCGACAGAACGAAGAAGGAUAUUUUUUCAGUUCUGGAAAGACGUGUGUAAACAAAGAUUGUUAAGGCGUAAACACAGACUAGAAACAUAUGGAACUAGUAAAGAUCCUCUGAUUGACACUUAACUAGUUACAUUACCAUUUUUGCAAGUAUGUGUUUGAGUAGAUCUAGCUUACAACGACCUCGUUUUAUGCAUCACUCCUGGCUGAGUAGUCUAUUUUAAACACAAACUUGAGCUAAUGAAGUCCAACGUUAGAGAAUAGAAAGUUGAAGAGAACGUUAUAGGCUAUCGCUGUGCGUUUGAGAUAUGACGAAGGGAAUAUAACAACCAUGGAUGCAUGUGAGAGACUUGAUUUGGCAUUACAAGACUUGUUGAAGUUAAGGGAGAAUGAAGUGGAGUUCGUCAGCGCAUUGCGAGAUCACAUCGAGUCCAACCGGCAGUUGAAGCUUCAAGUCGAAGACCUCCACAAGAGGCUGGAAGAGAAAGAAGGACAACUCGACGAGGCUAAAAGGACCAUCAGAGCUUUGAGAGGCGAUGUUCAGACACUACAGGAACAGGUGACCAUGCGUAAGAGAAACUACCGGAAAAUACUGAGAAAGGCCCCACCCACAAGAAGUAAAGAUGAAAUCCAGAUGCGGGCUCACACGAAUCCACCCACCAUGGCCAUCUCAUGUACCUCAGAGUGUCCUGAAUCUGUGGAUGACACCAAAGAGAAGUCUUCAGCGGCGGUGCCAGUCGUAGGGAUGGACUGCUGUGGACAGGGGGCAGUAGAUGAGGACACUUUUGACAACGAUGGAGAUAGUGACUUCAUUCCUAAUUGUAUGGAUGCAAAAUUGAAGAAUCAGAAAGAAGUCAUAUAUGAAGAAAUUCAGUCUUGUUCUGAUGAUGAGAAUAUCCUCGCACCCUCCAAGAAACGACGACAACCCAAAAGGAUUGUGGUCAAGAAACAGCACCAUACCUGUGGGGUCUGUCAUCAGACAUUUUGGAAACUGAGAGGGCUCAGAGCACACCAGAGGAGUCACAAGGACAAAAACGUCGCUCCACGACCGAAACCAAGAAAGCGCCACUGUCCGCUGAAGGAAGAGGAAGGAGCCGAAAAGCCGCCACCUCCUCUUGGGAAGCCGUACGAGUGCAACGAGUGCGGAAAGAGUUUCCGGACUUUAAGUCACCUCACCGUCCACCACAGGAUCCACACGGGAGAGAAACCAUACUCUUGCACAAAAUGCGAGAAGACGUUCGCCCAGAAGAACGGCGUUAUGACGCACCUGGUGAGCCACGCUAGCAAGGACACGCCGAUACCGUGCCCGCACUGCCAGGUGACGUACACGUCGUCAACGUCACUCAGGCAACACAUCGCGAGCCACAGGAAGGAAAACCGAAACAUGUGCUCGAAAUGCGGGGUGGUGUUCGCCAGUGCGGCCGAGCUGAAGGAGCACAAGGCGACACACGCGUCCGAGCGCUUGCUCUCGUGUCCGCACUGCGGCAAGAAAUUCCGCAACACGUCGGGCCUCAAGGAGCACGUGCGCACGCACACGGGCGAGCGCCCCUACCUGUGCCACGACUGCGGACGCUCGUUCAGCUGCGCGCAGCACCUCAAGACACACCGGCGCACACACACUGGUGAGCGGCCGUACGCGUGUGCCGUGUGUGGCGAACGCUUCGCCCAGGGCAUCACGCUGCGCAAGCACCAGCUGCGGCACACGGGAGAGAAGCCUCACCUGUGCUCGCUGUGCGGCAAGGCCUUCGCCCGCGCUGAGGUGCUCAAGACGCACAUGCGCGUGCACACCGGCGAGAAGCCGUAUCGCUGCAUUGUGUGUGGACAGGCCUUUCGCUACGUGCAGACCCUGCAGUCACACCACAUGCGCAUGCACAGGAAAGACGAAGACACUUCUGGAGCUGCGGGCACAUAGAGGGCAAGCAGCUCUUUUGGGCUGCUUCAAAUGCAUGGAGGGCAUGGUUAGCUAUCAGUCAGUCAUAAGUGUCAGUAACACAUGCAAUAUAAGGGUUCAGGUUCUUUGGGGUUCUGUAGUGUCAGUAUCACAGGAAAGAUUGGGUUCUGUAUGUCAAGUAUCCUCUGUAUGUUGUUGCCCUGUAUGUCACAGGAAGUAAUUAACUGUUCAAUGUCUAUUCUAUCCUGCUGAGAAACUUGCUGCUUAUAAUUCAGUGUUAAAAUGUAUCCAUUAAGCCAUGUCAUUUUACAUGUGGAGGUGAAGGCCUGGGCUCCCGCAAGAGCACUGCAGGUUCUAGCACAACAGUGUGGCGUGGGAUUAAUGUUGACUGCUGAAAUAAAAGCAGGUUUUUCUGUUGUUCUUGA